AGAUACGCAUGGCUUCAAAAUAUUAAAGACGCAAACGGAACACCAAAAGGCUCCCCUGAUUAUGAUCCCAGAACCCUCUAUAUCCCAACAUCUGCUUGGAAUGGAUUUACUCCAUUUGAGAAACAAUACUGGGAAAUAAAAUGCAAGCUAUGGGAUGCGGUUGUGUUCUUCAAAAAGGGAAAGUUUUUUGAAAUCUACGAAGGUGAUGCCGAUAUUGGUCACCAAGAGUUUGGUUUGAAGAUGACAGACAGAGUCAAUAUGAGAAUGGCCGGUGUGCCUGAAAGCUCAUUUGACAAUUGGGCCUCUCAAUUUGUUGCAAAAGGAUACAAGGUAGCCAAGGUUGAGCAGAAAGAAACUGCGCUUGGAAAGUCCAUGAGAGAGCGAGAUAUCGGAGGCAAGGCAGAUCAAGUGGUUAAGCGUGAGCUUUCUUCUAUAUUGACAGCCGGUACACUUGUGGAUCUUGACAUGCUCACCAGUCAACUGGGUACUUACUGCAUGGCAAUCAAAGAACAAGCCUAUUCAGAGCAUGAUCCACCCCUGUUUGGUGUCUGCUUUGUUGACACUUCUACCGCAGAAAUCAAUUUGACGUAUUUUGAGGAUGAUCUUAACCGAACCAUGCUGGAGACUUUGUUGGUUCAAAUCAGACCAAAGGAACUUGUUGUAGAAAAAGGUCGCUUAAGCUCUGAAACAGAAAAGGUUAUCAAAAGAGCACUCCACGAACCCAUCUGGAAUAGACUGAUUCCAGAAGAAGAGUUUUGGGACUCUAGAAGAACUGAAGAAGAAAUCAGAACUUCGGGUUAUUUUGGACAGGAUACAGAUAUGGACUACCUUGAAUCUUGGCCUACCGACCUUAGAGAAGCUAUUAAACAUCCGUUGUGCUUGUCUGCAUUCGGAGGUUUGCUUUGGUAUCUUCGCCUGUUAAAAAUCGACCAACCUCUGGUUUCAGCCAAACACAUCCAAAAUUACGAUCCAGUUCGUAGUGCAACAUCCCUUGUUCUUAACGGUCAAACCCUGAUCAAUUUGGAUAUUCUCAAAAACAUAUAUGACGGAUCAACAGACGGAACAUUGCUCAAACUUCUAGAUAACACAAUAACUCCAUUUGGCAAGCGCCUUUUCCAGCAGUGGCUUUGUCAUCCCUUAUUGAAGAAGGAUGCUAUCAAUGAUCGGCUUGAUGCGGUGGAGGAUUUAUUGAGGCUUCACUCUCUUCGAGACAAUCUCACCCAAAACCUUAGUAAGCUACCUGAUCUUGAGCGCUUGAUCUCUAGAAUCCAUGCAGGCAGUUGCAAAGUCAAGUACUUUCUCUCCACACUUUCCGGCUUUGAAAAAGCAAUGGAUACAUUCAGAAAUCUAGAAAAGCAUUCUAGUGAAUUCACAUCUACACUUAUCAAGAAGAUCAUCCGUUCUUUCCCCAACUUGGAAGAUAAACUCAAUUAUUUUCGAAACGCAUUUGUGAUGCAAAACUUAGAUAUGGACUAUCAAAAGAUGUAUGCAAUGGUGCCAAUUGACGGUAGUGACGAGAAAUGGGAUGAGAUCCAGCAAAAUAUCAAGGAUAUUGAAAAUAAGUUUGAGAGACAUCUCGCGGAAAUCAGUAAAGGGAAAAAGCAAUCUUUUGUCUAUACGCACAGUGGGAAAGAUAUUUUUCUUAUCCAGACUCCCAAGGGUACAAGUGUACCAAGAGAAUGGAUCGUUGUAUCUGAUACUGCAAAAUUUGUACGAUACCGAAAUAGUACAACUGUGUCAUUAGUAAAGACGUACAAAGAAUUGCUCGAAACAAAGAGUAGUUACAUAAAGGGCUUUACUAAGAAAGUGUACGCUGUUUUCGAUCAAGAAUAUAAAAUGUGGCUUUUGGCAGUACAGUGCUUGGCUGAAUUAGAUGGCUUGAUGAGUCUUUCCAAAGGUUCUUUCAAACUUGGAGCACCUUCUUGUCGCCCUCAGUUUGUUGAGCAAGAAAAGGGUAUGAUCGAGUUCAAGGAUCUUCGUCAUCCAUGUGUUGUCCCAGGAAUGGCAUCCGAGUUUGUACCAAACGAUGUGUGUCUAGGAGGAGCCAAAGCAAACAUGAUUAUCCUAACAGGUCCAAACAUGGGUGGUAAAUCAACCUUACUACGACAGACUUGUAUAGGAAUUAUUAUGGCUCAGUUGGGUUGUUAUGUUCCAGCAGAGUCAGCCAAGCUUACACCAUGCGAUAAGAUCUAUACACGCAUUGGCGCUAAUGAUAACAUCAUGGCGGGACAGUCUACAUUCAUGGUUGAACUAUCGGAAACCUCCCGAAUCUUGAAAGAAGCGACUAACAAAUCCAUGGUUAUCUUGGAUGAGCUUGGUCGUGGUACCUCAACUCACGAUGGUUACGCUAUUGCAUAUGCUGUUCUUUAUCGACUGAUAACUCACAUUGGAUGUCUUGGUGUAUUUGCUACACAUUAUCAAGGUCUUUGUCAUGAAUUCAUCGAACGCAAACUUGUGCGAAAUAUGUAUAUGAAUUAUUUUGUGAAUACCGAUGAAAAUGAUAUAACAUUUUUGUACAAGCUCACAGAAGGCAUUUGUGAAAAAUCGUUUGGUAUGAACAUUGCCCAAAAAGCCGGAAUCCUGCCAUCGGUUAUCAAAAAGGCAAUUCAGGCAAGCAACGAUUUCGAAAAAUCUAGUCGCAUAAAAGAUUCAACCUACAGGAAAGACUCUCAAAUCAAGGUUCAGAAUACCCCUUCCGAAAGAGCAGAUAUAGCAUUUGCACUAAGCUUGGGUACAUCUCCUUCCAAUGAAAAAAGCAAGGAUUUGGUUGAAAAACUUAAACGAAUGACAUUAUAA